AUGGGCAAAUUCCGCAACCAAAAGAAGAAUUUGGUGCGUAACAAGGUGGCGAUUGCCGUCGGAAAAGCCAAACAGAUGAAGGCAGCAGCCAGAAGAGCGAAAAAGGACGGCGAGGAUGUUCAGAUGACGUCAGAGGCUCCAGAAGAGGUGCCACGUGUCCGCGGGCUCGCCGUGUCGUCAUUGAAAAAAUUGGCGGCCGGAGAGCUGAAAAAUGUGCCAAAAGUCAACGAGAAGAAGAUCAUCCGAAAGACAGAGUUGCCAGUGAGAGAGGGAAAGAAGAUUCUGGAAGCUCCAACCGGCAAACGUGGCACCACUGCACAGUACAUUACGAAGAAGAAGGCGAAGAAGAUGUACAAAAAGAUGACGCACGACGCUCGGGAGAAUUUCAGAAAAAUGCAAGAGGAGCUGGCUGGAAACGAUGGCGAGGAGGAGGAGGAAGAAGACGUCGAGAUGGCCGAAUAA